AUGAGCGUUGUCAACAUUAUAAACAUUAAAGUUAUCAAUAACCCUACUUUGUUCACAGCGGACUACCAGUUUGAAAUUACCUUUGAGUGUAUUUCCGAACUUGUAGACGAUUUGGAAUGGAAAAUAAUUUACGUAGGAUCCUCGGAAAGUAAAGAAUAUGAUCAGGUUCUUGACAGCAUUAUGGUUGGACCUGUACCUCCUGGUGUGAAUCAAUUCAUAUUUCAGGCGCCGGCACCUAACCCUGAUCGUAUACCCCCUAGCGAUCUCUUGGAUGUCACUGUAAUCAUUAUUACGUGUUCUUACAGAGAUCAAGAAUUCGUUCGUGUAGGGUAUUAUGUUAAUAAUGAGUACAUCGAAGAAGAAUUGAGAGAGAAUCCGCCGGAUAAAGUUAUAUUCGAUAAACUUUAUCGAAACAUUUUGGCGGAUAAACCUAGGGUGACUCGGAUGCCUAUCAAAUGUGGCAAUAGAGCUAUUGAAGCAUCUUCUUACAGAAAGUUGAUUACACGUCAAAGCGGAAAUGCUGAUCGAGCCGAUGGAAUUGCAUACACCACAAAUUCAAAUUCUUACGAGAUUUGUGUGGUAGAAG